AUUAUCCCACUUCAAUCACAAAAAUAUUCGUUAAAUGUAGUGAGUGGCUUUUAUAUUGUUAAUUUUAUAUAUAUACAUUUACAAAUCCCAUUUCCAGCAUUAUCGUUGUGUUUAAGUGCAAAAGAGUUCAAUUCCCAUUCAAUUUUUACAAGUCAGGUGAAAUUGUGCGAAGUUUUUCAUCUCUAACACAAAUAAUAUACCUACAACAAAAAAAUCAUUUAUAUAAAAAGAGAGAAGACGCAAAAUAGCAAACAAAAAAAAACAAUACAUAGACAAUAUAAAAUAAAAUAAUUCAGAGAGUAAAACUAGGCUAAAUGGUGUGUGCUACCCAAUAUCACUCGGCAACAAUUUCAAUAAAAUAGUAAAUAGCAACGAUUUGGAAUAGUUUAGUGAGAAGGCAAAACUUUUCCCCUCAUUGCAGUUCGUUUUUUUUCCACGAAAUUUUUCAAUUUUCUUUCCGAAUUUUUCACCCAGAACGGAUAAAAAGUUUGACAAGACUGUGAACAAAUUAUAUAUAGCAAAAGGUGCACGAGAAGGAGGCAAUUUGAGGGACAUUUGAGAGAAGACAAAAUCACUUUGGACAGACACUUGGAUACGCAAGGUGGAGAGAAUGAGAUGCAAUUCCGGAUUCCUCAGGUGGCCGCCACUUUUAGUCAUCAUUGGAUCAUGCCUCUACCUGCUCUUGACAUUCAACACAGUGAAUUCCAGUCCACUCCAUCAGAGGCUUGUGCGAAUGAUAAGAGAUCAAGAGAAUGAACAAAUCAUCGAUCAUCGCAACACCACAAAUGACUAUCAAUACGUGACGAAGGAGAGUGCAGAAAAAUGCCUCUUUGACGGUGCUUUGGUGCCAAAAAGCCAAGCCACGUGCGAAUCAAAACCCGGUUGUCGUGUGAUUCAGAAGACCGGCGAAUGUUGCCCAGAUUUUCAGUGUCAAUGCGAGCGAGACGGUAAAAUUUAUGCCAUCGGCGAGAAGCUCGUUGAUCCAGAAACACCUUGUCGAGUGUGCUACUGUCAAGGCGGAGAAUUUAUCUGCAACAACGUUACGUGCUACAAUAGAAAUGACUGCGAACCAAAGUUUAUUGCCGGAAGGUGUUGCCCAGAGUAUGACAAUUGUCCGCCCCUUGAGCACGUUAAAGUGGGACCAACUGAAAUGAUGUUCGCAACGGAGGCAACAGACCCAGUGACACCACACUCUGAGAGUCUCCCGGAAACAACAUCAACUGUACGAUCAACAAUCCUGUAUCCGUUGCCCAAUGGCAAUAACAAUCAAUUGGGAAUUAAAAUAAAGGAAAUAACGAAGGUUGAGGAGAUUAGAAUAACAAAUCCACCCAAAAAUGAGCCACUGCCCACAGCAAAGACACCAAUUAGUGUGGACACAACAGCCGAGGCGCCGCGUUCCACAACACAAAAUCCAGUGGCGUCGACGGAGGGUAGCAGUGAAGUGAAUAAAUUGGAGGAUCUCGAUGUGCACGAGGAGGAAUCCACGCGGGAUACGUUCAAGAGUGUCCGACAGACUGUUACGGAGGAAAUUUUGUUGGAUAAAUCAUCCGAAGAUGGGAAUUUCACGGAGAUUUCGACGACUGAUGAGGAGCUGGUGAGCUUCUCAAGUACUCCACCUGCUGAUCCUCAGCUGUACCCAUCGGUGGUACAAAUGGGCGAUAGGGUGGUGAUUGUGGAUCACAAUGGCAAGACAAAACCCAUUACAAUUCUUGGUGCUGAAGGUCUGCAGCUGGGUGGAGAAGAACUGGAUCAUAUUGAGGUCUCCUCAGCACCCACAUCGCUAAGUACGAAUGAAAUAAUUUCCCCAUCCUCGGGGGAUGAUGCAACGAAUGAUAUUUUUGGGGUGGACACAUCGAGUGGCACGACAGAGCUUCCGGGGAAUGAGCAGGAGCGCUAUGAGGAAGAUCAUGAGGGUGAAUCGAGUAAUUUGUACUUGAUCGCCUCCACGCCUCUUGUGGAGAGUUCUGGGGAGAAUUUACUCGUUCUGGUCAAUGGCACAUUCAACGAUGAGGAAAGUGAUAUGAUCUACGACACCGUGCUAUAUACACAAGCCCCACCGGAUGGGGGGAAUUCCAAUGAAACGGAAACCUUCGAUACGACCUACUUCCGCGAUGAGGAAUCCACGGAGAAUGAUACCACGGAGAAUUGGCUCAAUGCCCGAGGAUUCUCAGCAACGAGUGAGGAAGACACACUGAGUACGUCACCAGCAACGGCCGUGGAUACGGUGAUUCAUCAGCGUGGUGAAGAUGGGAAUCUUCGACCAGAGACGUACAUUGAGGAAGAUGAGCUGGCAAAUCAUGAGCUUAUAAAUCCCGAAUAUCCACCUCUACCGGAAGAUGUGAGCCUCUAUGGGAGGGAACAUGGAUCAGCACCAUUUGCUGACGAUGAAAUGGAACAAUCCAGGACGCAUCAUGAUCACGCGGAAAAGCUUCCCGAAGCCUCAACAGAAAAACUCAUCCAGGGCGUUGAACAAAGUGAAAAUGAAACGGUAGACGCCUCCACUCCCAAAGCCACAGAAGAACCUCACAGGGAUCCCGCAGAAUCAUCAGAAUCCUCCCGAGAAGUCCUCAUUGUUGAAGGAGAAAUUUCCUCACCUGAAUCCCUCAUGAUGCCGCCACAUAAUCCAAAAGACGACGCCGAGAGUCUCAAAUACAAACAACAGGAGCCCCCAGUGGAGACAUCUCUCCAAGUUGAGGAUAAUCGCUCCUCCCCAGAUGCCAUUGCACCCCUCUCUGCUCCCUACAGGACCAUGACGUACUUGUAGUAAAAAUAAGAGAGAUGUGCAUUUGCCACUCCUUCCUAGCUCGUAAAUUAUUUAAUCUCAAGAUUAUUUUUUUAUUAUUUAAAAAUUCAUUUUCUUUCCAAUUUUCUUUCAUUAAAGAAAAAAAAAGACAUAAAAUGUUCAAAAUGCGAACAAAUGUGACGCCAUGAGAGAGAUGAAGAAAGGAGUUGAGAGUGCCAGAUUAUUUGUAGUUCAAAAAAUUAAUUAACAAUUUUUUACUACAAAUUUUUGUAAUGUAAAAUCAUUAAAAAAUGAUUUUUUUCUCUUAUUUUGCAUUAUUUGCAGAGGAGAUGAUUGCUCAAAGUGGGAGAAUAUUGCAGACUGAGUUUGUUUUUAGUGUAAUAAAUUGCAGAGAUUAAAUGCAUAUUAAAAUACAUAAUUUAAAAAUUUUUAUUUGUGGUGAAGAAUGUGAAGGAGCUUAGUCAUUUUUAGUGUCUGAAAUGCUUAAUAAUUUGAUUUUUUAAUUCAUUUUCCGGAACAACUAAUUAAGAUGGGCUCUAUAAAAUAUUUGCUAAGCCAAGAAAAAUUUAAGUACAAAAUAUUCAAAGCUCUUGUAGUUAAUUUAUGUUUUAAAUGCAUAAAUCAUAUGCUUCAGUGCUCCAAGUCAAUAAAUUGUAAACGUGUUUAAGUAGUUUCAGAAAAUUUGUUUACUUAUUUGGAAAAAAAGCGUAUGAAAUUGAAAAAUCAUAUUAAUCUUAUUCAAAAAAAAAUAAGAUAAUCAACCAUUGAAGCAUAUGCUUCAUGUAUUUGCAUUUACGCUUUUAGAGUGGGCGUGACUUAGGCAUUAUUUAGGCAUAUCUCUUUUGAAUUAUCUCACUCAGUUCCUUUGAAUUUUAUAACUUAUUUUCUUCUUUGACAUACGAGAGCAUGAAAAUGAAUAAACUCCUUUUCAUAAAUUCAUUCAACAAACAAAAAAUCAAAUCAAAAUUCAUGCAAAACAUGCAAGAUUUUCACAAACAAAUAAACCUACAUAUUUUGCAAUAUCUUCUCUGCGAAUUUGAAUGCAAACUAACGGAAAGAUAAAAUGAAAAAUUUAGGAAAAGUGAAUCCUUUUUUAUCGCAAGUCAAAGAGUCAUUUUUAAGUCUUCAUAAUUUAGAUGAUGAUGAUGAAAGCAAAUUUUGUUAAAUUAACGAUGAUGCACAUAAAAGAGUUUUUCAUGAGAUGAAAAAAAAUCAUCUGUUAGUCUAAAUGUCAGCAAAGGUGAUUUUGGUGUUGAAAGGUGAAAAUUAAUUUUGCAAAAGGUGGGAAAAAAACCUUUAUUGCAUUGAUUUUACGAUGAAGACAUUUCUUUCGACGUUUUUAUGUGAUGUGCAUUUAAAUUUAUUCCCCUAUUAUGCAUUUUUUAGUGCGUACGCAUAGGUCAUUUAGCGCAAAGUGAAAUUAAUUUAAAAAGAAAAAAAUCUCUGUUAGUGACAAUUUUUAGUUAAUUGAAAAACAAUUUUCAAUAUAUAAAUUAUAUGAAUUAUUAUAAACAAUUUAUUUUAUAAGAUGAUUCAGUCAUUAAAUUGUAAUUUAAUGAGUUUUAGUGAGAGAGAGAGAAAGAUACAAUAAUGUAUUGGAGAAAAAUCUUUUUUUUUUCUAAAAAAUAUUGUAUAAAUUAAGAAAGCAAAAGACAAGAUGAAGUGAGAUAUAAAAUAAAAUAAUAUAAAGAAAAAAGUUCUCAAGUU